ACUGUUGAAUGAUGAUAAACCAGGUCCACUUCAUUUCUGGGAAGCUUUUGAUGGACAAAGAAUGCAGGAGUUCACAUAUGACCUGGAAAAAAAGAUAUCCAGAUGAAAAAGCCAUGGAUAAUACCGUGGGACCAAGUGAAACAGCUUCGUAUAAAGUUUCUAUAUGAAAAUGUUUAUCAUCCUAUUUGCAUUAAAGUUUUGCAGAGGUACCUGAAUAUGGAAAAGAACAAUGUGAUGAGAAAAGUGAAACCCAGAGUCAGACUCAUGAGGAAGACACUCACAGACUCUCAAGGGCUUCAGAUCAGCUGUCUGGCCACUGGUUUUUACCCCCGUCACAUUAACCUGACUCUGUUCAGAGAUGGUCAGCCUGUGGAUGAUGAUCAGAUCACAGGAGGAGAGAUUCUGCCCAACAGAGAUGGAACUUACCAGAUGAGGAAGAGUUUAGUGAUCAGCGCAGAAGAACUACGUGAAAAACAUAAAUACAACUGCACAAUGAAGCACCUCAAUCUGGACAACAAACUGGACAUUACAUUUGAUGUGGCUGAAUGUGACCCAGGAUCCCUCAGUCUGUCUGUAGUUAUCAGUGUGCUGGUGUUACUGUGUGUGGCUGUUCUCAUCAUAACUGCACUCAUCAUCUGGAGGAAGAAGAGACAUGCUGCUGGACGAGUCUCCGAGAUGUCACAGUGUAAAUACUUCCCUACUCCAUCUUCAAGAUGAGGUCAAGGCAAUACAUCAUGCAAAACUUUGUACAUGCUAUUUGGGUUAUGCUAUGAUAAUAACUUCUACAAUGCUGGGGCCGAGAUGGAUCUCGUGCAUGUUGCCCACUUGGGACCCACCUAGUGUCAAGUGCAAUCCUGCAUGAAAUCCAUGUGGGCAAUUGGCAUGGGGCCAUUAUGGAACCCGUGGACUAUAUAGGGCCAAGUUUUUCAGCCCAUUCAUUUCAUACCCAUAUGGGCCCCACGUACACGUGUUGGCUGGGGAACUGGAUUCAAUAUUUUGAAUGCUUCAAACCACAAUCUGACUUUUGACUUGUGAUGCAGCCUGAAUCAUAAUAACACCGUGUUCGUUCAUUGGCCAGAGGAGGACUGGUCCCCUGGCUGAGCCUGGCUUCUCCCAAUGUUUUUUCUCCAUUCCUGUCACCUGAAGGAGUUUGUGUUCCUUGCCACCAUGACCUCUGGCUUGCUUAGUUGGGGACACUUAAUAUUCAGCAAUGUUACUGAUUUGACUGCACUGACACUAUUGGAUGAGAACUUGAACCGAAGUGAAUCAACAAUGAUUUCAACUGAUUGUUUGUGACUGUUCAAAUGACUGUUCACUAUUGUCUUUUUAGAGCUACUUUACAGCAGAGUUGAAUUCUGUUUACAUUA